AUGGCUUCGAAACGACCGUUAGGAGAAUUCAUGGCAGUUGAUGACUCACUGCCACAAGACAGACUGGGCCCUGGAAUUAGCGAUUUUGCAAAGAAAUGGCGUCAGAUAAGGGCGUGUGCCCGGUGCCAUCGAUUGAAGAUGAAAUGUGCUUAUGAUGAUCCAUCAUAUUCUUCUUGCAAAAGAUGCUUUUCGGCGGGUGUUGAAUGCUCUCCAGAUUUUGAUCCAACCAGCAAAUUUAAAGUCUCUAGACCCCGCAAGAAGAGCAAGAUUGUCAAUAUUCCAGAUUUCAAGCAGCUAUCACUAUACAUUGGCAAGUUGCAAACAUCGAACAACAUUAUCGAUAAAAACAAGAAGGUAGAAGAUCAGGAAAAACUUAGAGCUUCAAUUGUUGAAGAAGUCAGUGGGUUGAGGAAUGUCAAGCUACAGCUUUCAAACUUCAUUUCACAAAUCGAUCAUUUGGUAGAUCAAAAGGAGUCACUACUUCGACAAAGUGCAAAUCCCACCCAAAACAACGAUGCCAAUGUUACGAACUCUCCUCAAAAUGUAUUUAAAAAUAACAAUCCUAGCUCUAAAGAACUGAUGUUGCCUCCUAGCAUCAUUACUCCUCAGAAUUUGCCAAUUAUUCCAUUUGAAAAGAAUUUGGUGCUCGAAAUCAUAAAACUUAAUUAUCUUAGCAUUGAAGUUGUUAGAGAAAAGUACCAAUAUUUCAAAGAUCAUUUGCUUAUAUUUUGGCCAGCAAUUAAACUUCCUGAUGCUUACACUGUCGAUUAUUUGAUCAAAAACAAGCCCCUAUUACUUAUUUCCCUCAUUGUCAACUGCUGUGCCACAUCCAAUGACAUUGUGUUAUACAAUAUUCUAUCUUAUUACCUUGAUAUGAACCUUUCACAUCAGAUUUUUAUCAAUGGGAACUUGUCUAUUGAUAUUAUUCAAUCGUUCUUGGUUCUAUCAAUCUGGAAUCCGCCUCCAAAACAAUGGGGCACGUUUAAGCAUCAACUCCAUCUUCUUACAUCUCUAAAUCUUAAUCUUGUCGUGGACUUGGGAGCAAAAUGCGAGCAAAUUCUUAUUGAAAGUAGCACCUCUAACAAAUCAGAAGCAUUAUAUUUUAAUGAUAAUGAGAUUGUUCGUCUUUAUCUUAUGAUUUAUUCAAGUUGCGGGUCGCUUGGACUCAGCCUUCCGAAAUUUAAAUCUGUUGUCUGGACUCUGAAUCAUCAUUUGGCUAGCACUUACCUUUACGAUAAAUAUAUCAAAAAUAACCAAUUUGAAGACAAUGACAGGACGGAUAUUUUCAUCUAUUACUUGUCUCGCCUCAUUUGCAUUGGCCAGGAUAUGGCUACUAAACUCGAUACAGCUUCUGGUGAUACUUAUAAUGACCCCGAAAGUCUAUCCGCUCUCAUAAAUACUUUUGAAGAAAGACUUCUUAAGUUGAUGCUAGACUAUCGUUUGACUGACCCGAGCUCGACCUCCAAUGAGAAUCCACUUGUCGGGUUGACUUAUCAACAAAUUUUAAUGACAAUGUAUGAUCAUUUAAUUUAUAAGAAUUUAUCAUCAUCACUUAUAUUCUUUAUCAAUAAUUCAUUCAACAAACCAAAAGUGGAGAAUGAAGAAUAUAGGUUAUAUCAAACUUCAAUUAAGGUGCUUGAAAAAUUGAUUAUUGUUUGCAAAAAAUUGGUGGAGACUUUUCUUUUGGUUUCCGAUAAAACGCUCAACGUCCCAACUUUUUUUCAUUAUCGCCCAAUGAAUGCUAUCGUUAGUCUUAUCAAAGCCAAGAUUUUAAUUAAAUUGCUCAUUUUUGAGCUCAGUUAUAGAAGCUUGCGGAAUUCCUCUGCAGUCAAAUCUAAGAGUGGAUUAAUUAAUGAUGAACUUAUUGAUGAUAUUACAUUUUUGGAUUUCAAUCUCAAAAGCUUCUUCAAUCAUUUUUACAAGAAGUAUGAAAGCUAUACAAAAUCUUCAAUGACCUAUGAAAAAAUGUUUGUGAUUUUAAAGAAAACGAAGAAGCUUAUCAAACUUGUUGACCAAAUUUUAAACAAAAAGAAUCCUCAUAACAAACAAUCAGUAGUACUUUCCAGCUCCGGAGACAAAAUUAAACAGGAAGAUAGUGAGGAAUUGAUUGCUGGAUUCAACUUCAAAAUUCACAAUAAGAGUGAUGAAAAUGAAACCACGCACCAGGAAAAUAGUUUUGCCAUCACUUCAAAUCUUGCCAAUAAUGAUUUACUUAAUUUGCUUUAUGAAUUAGGGAAAGAAAAAGCAGUAGAAAAUAUUGAUAUUCUUGAACUCAAUUCUGAAACCAAGCGCAAGAAGCGUGAAGCUCGUCGGAGACAAAAGCUUGUUAAUGAUACAGAUUCUAUGGCUUCUGGAGACACUCCCGGAGUGGUGGACGAUGUUUCAAUUGGUAAUAAUGAGGUUGAUGUAGCUGCUAAUGAAUCAGCUCAGCACCAGGUUUCAAAAUCCACUAGCGAAGAGCCCCAAGUUUCCAAUUUGAAUUUCUUCUUCAAGGAGUUAUUCUCAAAUAACCUUUUCAGUGAUAUCAUUACAGAAGUAGCCCAUGAUGAAAUGUGUCCCGAUAUUUCACAGCUCUUGAACAGUGACAAGAAUCAGAAUCUGAGUCCUGAUCCUAAUAUGGAUCUGGAAAUACUGUCCCAGCACCUUGAGCAGUCACAAAUACCACAGAAUACAUCAAAUACUGUUUCAAGUCCUUCGGUUCAUCAAACAGGAAAUCAAAACAUGAGUGGCACUGGAAAUGAUUUAAGUUACCCAGUGUCACCGGAAAAUUCGCUUGACAUGCAUGAAAGCAAUAAUCUAUUACUCUAUGGCAAGGGAGGAUUCUCUUCUAUUAACCAACUUUUGGCUGCGCCAUCACAAGAUAUCUUUUCUAUGAAUUAUGGUUCUGUAGCAAAUGGUGAGAAUCAUGAUGGAAGGAUUCCGUCCACUCCUAUGACCAGUAUGCCGAUGGUGGAUUCGAAUAGUACGGGGGCGGCAAGUAGUAUUGGUGAUGAUUAUAGCACAAGAGAUUUUUGGACGAGUAAGGAUCAGCAGCAUCCAGAGAAUAUCAAUGGGUUCGAUUUCGAUUAA